GUCUGUGCCUCAUGCAGAAUAAGAUCGGUGCAGGCCGUCUGAUGGGACCCAAAGGAGUGGCUGUGGAUAGGAACGGUCAUAUCAUUGCAGUGGAUAAUAAAGCCUGCUGUGUGUUCAUCUUUCAAUCUAAUGGCAAACUAGUGACCAAGUUUGGAGCCAGAGGCACUUCAGACAGACAAUUCGCAGACAAAAGUGGUGCAAAGUUUGCACUGGAGCAAAAGUUUAGUAAAUCUGGCCCUGGGUUCAGUCCGCAUUUUGUUGCGGUCAACAACAAGAAUGAAAUUGUCGUUACAGACUUUCAUAACCACUCCGUCAAGGUCUACAGUGCAGAUGGGGAGUUUUUGUUUAAAUUCGGGUCCCAUGGAGAGGGAAACGGCCAGUUUAAUGCCCCCACAGGGGUAGCUGUUGACGUUAACGGCAACAUCAUUGUAGCAGACUGGGGCAACAGCAGAAUACAGGUGUUUGACAGCUCAGGCUCAUUCCUCUCCUACAUCAACACAAGUGCUGACCCUCUGUAUGGGCCGCAGGGCCUCGCUUUAACCUCCGACGGCCACGUUGUGGUGGCCGAUUCUGGUAACCACUGCUUCAAAGUCUACCGAUACCUGCAGUAACGGCUCAUCACAGUCUGCAGUCAUAUCAGCGAAAUCCUCAGCCAAACCAGAGAGGAAGAAUCGAAUGAACAGAUUGCACUUUUCUUUAAUCUAUUGAUUUUCAUGUUCCAAAAUUAAGAACUGCUUCUCUAAUAAACCGGCAAUGUUGAUUGUAAAUAACAGAAACCAUAUCAAUAAGCACAGAUUCUUAUUAGAAAUCAUGUAAGUUGUGUAUAAAUAAAAUUAUAUAUCGCAAAACUUUUUGUUAAUCGCCAUCUUCAACCCUUGCAGAAAAGUCAAUUAUUUCCAAAAUUCCUCUCUACUGUUUCAUAGAUGUUGACCUUUCCAUGACUGCAACAGCAUCUGUAAAUAUACACAUCUGUGUACAUAUUAUUAACAUAUUUGGUGUAUGUAACAUGUAAAUGACACUGGCUUCUUGUAUUGUCCUAUGACAGCAUUUGCCACUGAGAUUUCACUAUACCUGAGCUAUUCGGUGAGCACUUUCAGUUCAAAUCAUUCAGAUUGAACAUCUGAGCUGAUCAUCCCUCAGCACAGGAAGUGAUGUGCAUCCCUGCUGUGCGCUUUAAAAAAAUGUAACCACUAAACAAAAGGAGCCAAAAAGGACAUAUUUUUUCCAUUCCAAAUUAUUUAUUUUUCUAAAGCACAAGGCUACUUUACAUGUUGAAAAAUCCAGCUGAACGAAGAAAUAUAAAUAUAAUCAAACCCAAGUAUUUCACAUAUAUUGCCUCUGAUUUUUAAUGUUCUCUAAAAAUGAUCAGCUAUGUGGAAUUAUAGCUCUUCUCUGUAAAUAAUCAUACGUUGUGCUCACAGUGUAGCAACCAAAUGUUGUCUUUAGUCAGCAUUAUAGUUAAUGCUUCAUUUAUCUAUUUAUUUAAUGUUUUGUACACAUUUUCCUGAAUGAUUCAUUUCGAGGUUGUCCAUCACCAGCGAAUGAUUUCAAAAAUCACCUCCCUUUAAUUUUGUGGAGUUUUGUCUCUUGAAAGGUUAUGUGACACUGAGUCUCCUUAAUAGGCUAUUCUCUGUGAUACUGUACAAGGUUAAUGAACGGUGGCUCACAGUUGAAACAAUGAACGUAUAUCUUAAUAUCUGUGCAAAGUACAUUUUUGCAUGUUACUGAUUUGACUAGCAUUGGCAUAUGGUUUCUGCUGCAGCGAGACACCUGUAAUGAAUUGUUAUUGCCAGGCUGGAAAUUAAAAAAAAUUAUGUAAUAACCAAAAACAAAUAUUCUAUACUUUAUAUUGAUUCAUAAUAUAUGCGAAUUGCAAGUUGACAAUUAGUUGCUUCCGUUGCGAUAAAGGCCCGUUCACAAUAAGAAUGGUAACUGUAAUUGUAACUUUAACAAUAAAAUCGCUCUCGCUGACAAAGUUGCUGUCAAUUUUAGUUUUCGCGAGCAAAAUUUAGUGUUAUUUUAAUUUAGAAUCCACAAGAUCAGGAAUUUUUCAUUAAAGCAAAAGAAUUCCAAACACAUUUCAUGAAUUCACGUUGGUCACUCGAAUUCGGCGCAUUGAUCCACUGUCUAUUGUCAAGUUUCACAAAGCACAAUGGACUUUUUCCUCGCAAAAUGUCGCUAAUGUCACUGCAAAGUCACACCACAGCAAUAGUUUGGGAAUUUAGAAUCAUUUUAGAAUAAACUGUUAUUGUCCAUCGGUGCAAGCGCUAAUAAUAGUUUUUCAUAUUGUGAACGGACCUUAACUCCAUCCAACGCAUGCUCUAGUGCUUGGACAGAUGAUUUAAUAAAUGUGCUUCAUCAGUUUAAAAAAACAACGAAGAUCUUGUAUUACAUGAAUCAACCGUAUGUUCAUUUUACUGGUCAAUUAAUGCAGUUUGAAAUAAAACUGUAAAUA